AUGGAAAAUCUGGUCAAGGUCCAGAAAGAGAGUACCUGGGUGACAAAUCAUCGCUUCAAGUCGUUUGCACCACCCCGUAAUCUUGCAAAAGCAAAAUGGUUUAUUGAUGCCAAAGAUUAUUUUGAGGCUGUUGCAGAGGCAAUUUUAUCAGCAAAAUCUGAAAUAUACAUCGAAGACUGGUGGCUGAGUCCAGAACUUUAUCUUCAAAGACCUCCAAAAGAAAAUGACGAAUACCGGAUUGACAGACUAUUGAAAAGAAAAGCGAGCCAGGGUGUUUUGAUCUACAUUGUCGUCUACAAGAACCAACCUGUCCUUCCUUUGGACUCCCAACAUACCGUCGAUUGGUUGAGCAACAUUCACCCAAACAUUAUCGUGCAAAGACAUGCCAGUACAACCCUGUGGUUGUGGGCACACCAUGAGAAAAUUCUAGUGAUUGAUCACAGACUGGCAUUUAUUGGAGGUCUUGACCUAUGCUUUGGUCGAUAUGACACACAGGAACACACAUUGAGUGACUAUGGUGGGCCUCACAAUUCAGACAAUCAAAUCUUUCCUGGCCAAGACUAUUCCAAUCCAAGGAUAAAAGACUUUAAGAAUGUGUCUCAAUAUAAUAUAUCCCUUAUCGACAAGAAAACUACACCAAGAAUGCCGUGGCAUGAUGUUCAUGUAGCCAUGCUUGGUCCUCCGGCUAGAGAUAUUGCACGGCACUUUGUACAAAGAUGGAAUUUUGUAAAGUCCACACGAGCUAAAGAUCGUAGUGAUUUGCCAUUUUUGAUGCCAAAAGGAGAGUAUGUAUCAAGUAGAGACGAAAGUAAAUUUCGUGGCACUUGUCGAAUUCAAGUUGUACGGAGUAGUGCUGGUUGGAGUCAAGGUGUGCCUAGAGAGCAUUCAAUUUAUACUGCUUAUAUGGAAUGUAUAUCAAAAGCCAAACACUUUAUUUACAUAGAGAACCAGUUCUUCAUUGCAGCCACACAUCCAGAUGAUAAGAUUAUCAAGAACAAGAUUGGAGAGGCCCUAGUCGAGCGUAUUAAACGUGCACAUUGGGAAGGCCAGAAAUUUAGAAUCAUUGUCGUAAUUCCGUGUGCCCCUGGGUUCGAAGGAGACUUUAACAAUACUGAUUUGAGGUCCAUGUCUCUAAGAUCAGUGGCUCACUACCAAUAUAUGUCUAUCUCAAGGGGUGGGAAUUCGAUUCUAGAAAGACUACAGGCAGUCAAUAUACCCGCAGAAGAGUACAUUAGUUUCUACAGCUUACGGAAUUGGGGAAAGAUCACAUCGACCACCACAAAUAUCAAUAUCAAUAUCAAUAUCAAUAGCACUAGCACCAGUGACAACGCACAGACUAAACAGCAAUUUACGAAUGAGCCGUUUGUACCACAUGAAUCAUCGAUUCUGUCCAGACAGCCUACAAUAGAAACAGCUGCACAGACAGGAUCUGACACUACACUGAGUAGAGGGUUCGAAAGUAAGACUGAAAAGAGUGACAGAAACAUGUCUGAUGGGCGUCUAGACUAUGUAACCGAACAGGUUUACAUUCAUUCCAAAUUGAUGAUCAUUGAUGACAAGAUUGUUUUAUGUGGAUCAGCCAAUAUCAAUGACAGAUCCCAACUUGGCCACAGAGACUCUGAAAUUGCAGUUGUUAUUGAAGACACAGACCUUGUGCCAUCGAGAAUGAACGGAGAGCCUUACAUGGCAGGAAGAUAUGCACUGACAUUAAGGAUAGAAUUAUUUAAAGAGCAUCUCGGGUUGCUUCAGGGGCCAAAAGGCGGCCAUUUUCCUCUUCAGGACCAUACAUUCUCCCAACAUAAUAACAAUAACAAUAACAAUAAUGAUGGACUGUCUACCGAAGACAGGCUUGUAUUGGAUCCGCUAAUCGAUUCCUUUAAUUCCAAUUGGAAAAAGACUGCCAAGAGAAAUACUAAAGUCUAUCGCCAUUUGUUUCGCUGUGUUCCAGAUGAUACUGUCCAUACAUUCGAGAGGCACCGCAAAUUUGUUCCUGACACCGCAAAUGUACAUGCAGGUCAUAUCGCGAAUCCACAUCUACACACCAAUGAUGAAAUUCUCAACAAAUUAAACGAAAUCCAAGGCCACCUUGUUGAAUUUCCUACUCAGUACCUGUGUGAUGCCAACAUGACAGCCAGCAUCGUGCAAGAAGCUGCACCUCCCGCCCUAUUUACUUGA